AUGGACUUGGCCCCUGCAUAUUUGGCGCCCCCUGUGGGAGUUCGUCGCAAAGUAACCACUGACGAAGGCUUCUCCCGACGCAAUCCUCAAAAUGGGCCGUAUGGUGUGUUCAUCUCGCACCUUAACGAGGGAGUUUACUCCGCCAUCGAUACUGGCCCUUACGAGCACCUAUGGAACCAGUCGACUAGAUUCGUCAUGUCCCUUCUUUGGGAAUCCAAUGAUCAGCGUGAAAGGGCAAAGGAACAGUUGAUAUCGAUGAAUAUCGCAAUUGACCGACAGAAUGAGACGAAAUUGAAUCGUCCUCCUGGCACUGGCUGUAUUGAAGUGCAUAAUCUUCAUCGCGCAGGUAUUCAGCUAGACCUAGCGGUUAGAGAUGUUAAGUUCUAUCGCUCAACUGCGCGCUACGAGGAUGUACGUGACUUUGUCUGGGAGAGAAUCCAGAAUAGAAACUAUCCCGAAAGCUGGGCUAUUACAAGGCGCCAGUUUCAAUGCCAUGUCACCAAAUUUCAAAUAAAAUCCUCGGUGUCUAAUGCUUUGGAUAGUGAAGAUGGUGCCUAUCAACAACAUAAUGUACAAGCCAUCAACGCCAAGACGAACCUAAAGGUCUCAUUGGCCGAUGCUCUUCACACACAUGCAAAGAUGGCUGCAUCGCAAACGUCUCGGAAGCCCGUUAUGCUCCAGAGGAUGUAG